AUGGGAAGCAUUAGUUUAUUGGUCAUGCAUUCUGGGAGGUGGAACAAUGAAAAUUGCUAUGUUGAUUACAGUACGGAAGCAAUUGUGCUAAAAGAGCAUGCGACAUUUAGAGAACUAACGGAUCUUGUUUCAAAGCAAAUUUGUGUUGACUUGAGCUUCAACAUUGUGAAACUUAAAUAUAAGAUAGAGGGUAGUACUGCACCUCUGGAAAUACACAACGACAUGGGCGUGAGAGUGUAUGUGUCGUUGAAAAAAGAUAACAAAGAAUUGUCAAAGUAUCAUAUAUGUGUAUCCGUAUUUGUGAAUGACUGUCAAUUAGCUAAUAGAAAUAUGUUUGAAGAUGGAUUCGAAAUGUGUGGGCCUGAUGGAAUAGAUAUAGUUGAUACAGAAUCAUUAGUGCUUAGUGUGCCGAACAAUAGCGAUAACAUGAAUUGCGACAUUAUUACAAACGUCAAACAUAAGGUAGUGUUGGAAGAUCAAGUUUAUAAGGACAAGGGAACUUUAAAGGCUGUGAUGACGCAAUACGCUAUUGAUCAUAGAUUCCAAUGGAAAACAGACAGAUCGAGUCAAACAUGUUAUACACUUGUUUGUGUCUCUAAUAAUUGUGGGUGGGUGUUGAAGUCGUCAAGUAUCAAUAAAUCUGGAAUGUUCAGAAUAAGAAAAUUCGUAGAUGAUCACACGUGUCCAUUGAAAGAUAAGGUUUAUGAACAACGCCAAGCAACAAGCAAUCUUAUUGGAGGUAUGAUACAACCCAAGUUAGUUGAUCAUAAAAGGAAGUUGACGCCAAAGGAUAUACAACAAGAUGUCAGCUUAGCUCUUGGAGUAAAUGUAUCAUACUCAGUGGCGUGGAAGGCUAAAGAAAAGGUUGUAAUUUCUUUAAGGGGUACCCCAUCUGGUUCUUAUGGUAAACUUUCAAGCUACUUAUACGUAUUGGACGCUACCUACCCUGGAUCUCAUAUAAGGAUGAAGAAAACCGAUGAAAAUCAAUUUCUUUAUCUUUUUAUUUCUCUCUUCCCGUUCAUAAAAGGUUUUGAGUGUUGUAAUCCAAUUGUCGUAGUUGAUGGCAGCCACCUCAGGGGGACUUACAAUGGAGUAUUUGUUUCUGCAAGAAAUGUUGAUGGAGCAGGAAAUAUAUUGCCGCUAGCAUAUGGAAUUAUUGAUUCAGAAAAUGAUGCAUCCUGGACUUGGUUUUUUGAACAGUUUAGAGAAGCGCAUGGCGUUAAAUAUAACAUGUGCGUUGUGUCUGAUCGAAACGAAAGUAUUAUAAAGGCAGUUUCGAGGGUAUUUGAUGGAGUUCCUCAUUAUGCCUGUAUUUGGCAUUUGUGGAAAAUGUGA